AUGAGUAAUGCUGAAUUGUGGGAGGAGCUGUCCUUACAAUGGUCCAACACUCUGAAGCGAGCACAGCCAGAUUUGGUCCUCAAAAUCUGGUCGACUCUUGAAUCUGAGAACUUUCCCGUCCUCUCUCUGGCGAAGCUCGACAGUCUACAGAUCACGGAAAAGCUGCUGUGGCCUACUUACAGUGACGAAGUCUCUCACCAGCAUGCUCUCCUCCUAGCCGUCUUCAUCAACUACAAGAAAAAUGCUCGUUUACUGCAAUGGUCAGCCUUUACCAAUUCGACCGAUCGCUUCUCUCAGCUCUUUCGCCGCAUUCUCUCCCUGAGCCUCGAUAUCUCUAGUACUAUCACCUCACGCACGACCUGCCUCAAUUUUAUCUCAACGUGUUUCCGAUCCUUGGAGCAGGAUGCUAUCCGCAAAGAAUGCGCUCCAUUGGUCUCUAUUGCAACCUGGGAGAAUCUGCAUUCGGAAGGCUUCAGAGAGUCGCAGCUUGACCAGCACCCUCAACGAAGAAAGGCAUGGCGCUCACAAAAGAAACGUUUCGAAGCUGCCGACGAUGCCACGAAAUCGCGCCUCCGUCUGGAAAGAGCUUGGCUAUUCAACAUGAUCCUUGAUUUCAUACGGAGGCUCGACGUCGAUCCCGCUACCAAAGCGGACUCUACGUAUUGCGCUCGUUUUCUAGAGUUCCUCACGGACCUAGUCAGCCAAUUGCCUACUAGACGAUACUCGAUUGUGCUGUUAAGCAACAUGAACAUCGUUUCGUUGAUACAUAUCUCCAGCCUAUACAGGCGGAAGGAGAAUAGCUUGCUUAGAGAUUUAACCUCUCUCUUCGAGCAAUUCUGCUGCUUCGAAAUCGACGAUACAGGUGAAGUCCAAACCACAAGAGACUCUGCUCGCCGCCAGGCUCUAAUCAAGCUGCAGAAGGUCGCUUUGCAACAUUUUGAGAGGAAACUCAAAGUUCUGGCUCUUUCCAAUCUUGCUUCCAUAAGCAAUUCUGAAGAUCUGCGCCCACUUCUUGACCCAUUAUCAGACACUGAGCUUGAAGAACUGUGCACCCUAGUUGAUCUGCGGACUUCCUAUCCCCCGUCAGCUACCAUCAGAACUGGUCGUGCCUUGUUUAUCGAAUCUCUGUUGUCGAUGUUCGCAGCCCAUUUUGAUCUUCAUCAACACAUCCAACGAUUAUCUGUGCUGCCCACCGAGAAAUCGCUUUAUGCCGAGAGAUUGGUCCAAAACGAGGUCUAUGACGGGUCGGAACCACUAUCUUUACCGAAGCUCAACCUCCAAUACUUGACCUUGACUGACUUUCUUUGGCGUUCCUUCCAGCUGCAACAGGCUGAGGCUUUCUACGAAAUUAGGAAGGACAUGGAGAGUAUAGUGCGAAAAAUGAGGCCACAGCCUUCACGAGACCCUCUUGCUGGCACUAACUUUGCAGGUUUCUCAAAAAUGGCCGUUCCCAUCGACAAACCAGCUAUUAUCGAUGUACUGCCACCGAAUGUUGGUGAGACUGAUCCAGCUCACGUUCGAGCUGAAGUGGUUCUCGACGUCUCCAGACUCGAUGACCGCACGCGAUCUGAAUGGGACCACCUGAAGUCGAGAGAUACUGUUUUCUUGCUUGCCGUCAAACCUACAGAACAAACCGACAAGAACAGUACCAACGGUACACACUUACCAGAUCGACCAGAAAAUCACGGCAUUCAAUGUAUUAGAACCGCCGAGGUUGUUCAAGUACAAGACGAAAAGGGCAAGCCAAUACGAGAUCAACACCUGACGAACGGACAUACUCCCAGAGGUCGUACUAGACGCCUGUUAUUAGACCUUGAUAGCAAGACGUUUCAAGCUGACAACCUACGAGUGAAGACAGGGAAGCCAGAUAUCUACAAGUCUAUCAACGUGAUUUCACGUCGUCCUGGACGAGAGAAUAAUUUCAAGCCAAUGCUGGAGGCCAUUCAAAGUUUGGCACUCGCCGAUGCCAGGAUGCCAGUGUGGUUGCAAGAGGUCUAUCUAGGCUAUGGCCAGCCAUCCCAGGCGACUUAUCCGAACCUCGACGACAAAGUCGAUAAGAUUGAUCUUCUCGACACCUUCCUUGAUCAACAGCACUUGCAAGAGAGUUUUCCUACAGGAAUUCUACACCAUGAAGGGAAUCAUUUUCCGCCUCCCCCUUAUGUCCUUCACCUUGACGCUGAGGCUCUGCACGAGCCAGCUUCAAAUCCCAAAAAAAGAAGACGAAGACAAAUGGAAGUGGAAAACGAAGGACAAACUUCCAUCAAAAUCUCUUCGUAUCAACCAGCAAACACUGGGCCAUAUCCUGUGGAUGAGCCCAAGAAGAAUCGGAUUCGCUUUACUUCCGCUCAAAUUCAAGCUUUGAUACAAGCCUCACAACCUGGUCUUAGCCUCAUUGUUGGCCCUCCCGGUACUGGCAAGACUGACGUCGUAACGCAAUUGAUUAACAUCCUAUAUCACAAUUUUCCGCGGGAAAGAGUCUUGCUUAUAGCACAUAGUAACCAAGCCCUCAAUCAGUUGUUCAAGAAGAUCAUUGCAUUGAAUAUAGACCAAAGGCAUCUUCUUCGUCUUGGCCACGGUGAAGGAGAACUCGACACAGAGGAGUCCUUCGGCAAGUAUGGCAGAGUUGAGUCUUUCAUGGAGAACCGGCAAACACUUCUCGGCGAGGUCAAUCGACUGGCCGCCUCAAUUGGUGCGUCUGGCGCGCACGGCAAUUCGUGCGAGACGGCUGACUACUUCAACCAAGUCUUCAUUAAGCCUACAUGGCACCGUUUUUGGUCCGUUGCCAACUCUGCUCAGGAUGCGUCCACCAUCACUAACGCUUUCUCCUUCCACAACUACUUCGCUAACGCGCCUAUACCGGACCUCUUUCCACCUACAGCAACAGCCGAACAAUGCCGCGAAAUAGCACGUGGUUGCGAACAUCACAUCAACCGCAUCUUUACUGAGCUAGAGACUAUCCGUCCAUUCGAGAUUUUGCGCAGUCCUCGAGAUCAAGCAAACCAUCUACUCGUCAAGGAGGCGCGCAUUGUUGCAAUGACUUCUACUCAUGCCGCCAUUCGACGCUCCGAAAUAGCCUCCCUAGGUUUUCAUUAUGACACCCUCAUCAUGGAGGAAGCAGCUCAAAUCACUGAAAUUGAAUCUUUCAUACCUUGUGCUAUGCAAAACCCCGAUACUAAGACUGGCGAGCUACCACUCAGACGUAUGGUGCUUGUGGGUGAUCAUCUUCAGAAUAGCCCAAUCAUUCAGAAUAACGCUUUGGGGGAUUACGCUAACCUGGAGCAAUCUAUGUUCUUGCGAUUAAUACGUCUCGGGGUCCCACAUAUUACACUCGACGCUCAAGGUCGUUGUAGGCCUACGAUAACACAACUCUUCAGCUGGCGUUAUCCCCAAUUGCACAACUUACCACAUAUCACGUCACAAACGGAAUUUGCACGGGCUAAUGCUGGCUUCAGACAUGAAUUUCAGUUCAUUGACGUUCCUGUCUACCAGGGUCAUGGCGAGCGUGAGCCAACACCGCACUUCAUCCAGAAUUUAGGAGAGGCGGAGUAUGCUGUGGCACUGUUCCAGUACAUGCGCUUGUUAGGAUACCCUGCCAAGUCCAUCACGAUCUUAGCUGCGUAUGCUGGUCAAUGCGCCUUGAUCAGAGACGUUCUCGAUCACAGAUGCAGAAACAAUCGCCUCUUUGGACUCCCGAAAGUUGUAAGCACAGUCGACAAGUACCAAGGUCGCAGAGCAGUCUUUGCAGAUUUGCCCGGGUUGGACGUUGCCUCUCAAAAAGGCAAUGCAGAAGGUCGACUCGAGAUCGUGACGGGAGAAAUGUUUCCCACGCAGAGGCUUGUAGAUGCUGAUGCGCAGAGCACGGAGAUUUAUGGUGUCGAGCACAUGGGCCAGUAUGUCUACGAGAUGACGCAAGCAAAAGUCAAGUCGAUGGGAGGUAAGAUUGCUCUGCAAAAUGGUGGAGAGGAAGACAUGGUGGAAGAGGAGGAACAAGACGAUGUGGCUGAGGCCGAUGCUGAAAUCGACCCUCUACAUGAAAACGUAUGA